AUGACUCGGUUCCAAUAUUUGGCCAGAGCCAUCACAUUGCUCGGCUUUGGCCGCCUGGCCAUGACGCAGAAUGGCACGACCAACCCGUGGCCUUGGCAAACCUACCGCUCCGAACCUACACUGCAACCACCCUCGCUUAAGGUCACCCAAACAGGAGAUAUCGCGGACGGCCAUUUGUUCUUUGAUCAGUCCGGCUCAGGUGCCCACAACUAUUCUAUGUUCAUUAUGAGUAAUGACAAUGAGCUCAUUUGGGAGGGUGCAUACGGCGACAUCUCCGCCUACCGGCCUCAAAUUCUGGAUGGUGAACCUGUCCUCACCUACUUCACCGGAAUCACUUUUCCGGAACCAUACGGCUUUGGCUAUGGCGCUGUCUUCAUUUUCGACCAGACAUAUAAGAACAUCAUUAACGUCACCUUGCCACAAGACAAAGACGGCUUGAACAUGCAAACGAUUACAGGCUGGGAUUCUUCUGGCCUCACAAAUGGAAGUUGGAUCGAUAUGCACGAGAACUUGAUUACAGCCGAGGGCACCAUGUUCAUCCCAGCCAUCAAUGUCACACAGACGGAUCUAACAUCUGUCGGUGGCCCGGCGAAUGGAUGGAUUGCUGACUCGAUGUUCUUCGAGGUGGACGUCAAGACAAGCGACAUUCUAUUCCAAUGGAGCCACUUGGAUCAUCUAGAUGAAAUCCCCUUGAUAGAUUCCGCCGCAGUCUAUCCGUUGGAUGGUUUGGGUCUUAACCAGUCGUACCCCUGGGGUCCGUUCCAUAUUAACUCUAUUGAGAGGUUUGCCGAUGGUGGUUUCCUGGUUUCAUCGCGGUACUAUUGCUCAAUUUUCAAAAUUGCCAGAAAUGGAUCUGUUGAAUGGACAUUGAACGGCCGCACUGGGGGCUCUUUUGCCCUUAAAAAUGGAUUAUCAUUUUGUUAUCAACACGAUGCUCGCAUUCACGGGGAGGGAAAUGGCACAGCGCUUAUUUCGCUCUUCAACAACGAUAACAGCGGCGUUGCCUCUGGUGUCAAUGAGACAUCGGGUAUCCUCCUUACUGUAAACACCGCCACCUGGGAAGCUAGUCUAAAGCAAGAAUUCAUCGACCCAAAUGAUACAAUUUUUGCGGUCUCGCAGGGCAAUAUGCAAGUCCUGAAUGACGGCACUGGCCAUGUCAUUGUUGGCUACGGAAGUACGCCAAAGAUCAAGGAGUUCAAUGCAGACGGAGAAUGCGUCUUCACAGCACAGUUUGGAGAGGACAAACUGGUUCAGAGCUACCGAAACUAUAGGUUUCCUUGGGUUGGCAAGCCUUACUACCCGCCAAAAGCGUUCGCGUGCGGUAAUGGUAACCAAACUGAGGUUUACAUGAGCUGGAACGGUGCGACAGAGCACAAGAAAUGGGCAGUGUUUGCAGGCGAUGACAAGAACGCGCUGAGUGAGAAAGUGGCAGUUGAAAAGUCCGGGUUUGAAACCAAGGCUACAUUCUCUGGAUUAGCUCAAUUCGUAAAGGUUGAGGCAACGGGCGAGGAUAUUCCCACUGGUACAAGUGAGGUUAUUGAGGUAGUUGGCAAGUGCUGA